GCAGAGAUAACGGGCUUAGCCAGCAUAUUACUGCCACCCUAUCAUUCAAAAUUCUACAACAACCAACUCAUCAUUGACUUCAUCUCUAAUCUCUGCAUGCAUGUAUGACUUAAAGUGGGUAAACCAGAUCUGUUCAAAUAUUUAAUUCAAUACUAAAAUCUAUCUAGAACACCCUCUAUGUAGUUGUAAUGUUUAAAGAUGGUGCAUUUGCCAUAAAAAUCCAGCGGACCCGAUGUUCAAUUAAUGUCCAGUGCAGAACAUUCAAUGCUUGACUUUAUGUAUUACUGAGGUUAUUUGUGAUUUUGUAAGGAGUAGUUAAAAAAAUUCGGAGUUUUGGGUUGUUACAGUCAGAUUUUGAAACAUAAGCUGUGCAUUUAUGAUGGUGAAUAAGAUGGGCAUUUAAGUAGAGUGCAGAUGUUUGGUUUACAAGCUUGGAUUUUAACGGUCUUUUGUUUGGUAACACAAAUUAUGCAUUAAUGGUGGAUAAACGGUGUUGGGCAUUGGAGAAUAUUGCAGUGAUUUGUUGAAGUUUGGGUUUUAACAGCCAGUGGUUUAUAGCAGAAGUCAUGAAUUUAUGGUGCAACACAGAGAUGGGUAUUCAAGAAUAGUCCGCAUAUUUGGUUUUGAAGUUCGGGUUUUUAGCAGUCAAGAGAAUGACAAUGAUGUCAUCCACAUAAAGUCACAGAUAGUUGUAUGAAAAGCCAUGCAUUUAUACUGAGAUCUAGAUUGAAAAAUACUGGGAAUAUGUGUUGAAGUUUGGUUAAUGUCAACUGUUAAAUGCUGUGUAGAAAAACUCGUGCAAAUGUUAUGAGAAAUGAGAUGCACACUUGCUGAGAUUGCAGAGAUUUGCUGAAUUUUGGAUCCUAACAGUCAUUGUUAGUGCAAAAAUGCCACGCCCAUUGAGGAUUACUGCAGAGAUAUUGUUUUAGAAAGUGAGCUUCAGAACGUAUCAAGUGCACCUGCAUUGGUUUGAAGUUUGACUCACAGCAGUCAGUAUUUCAUUGAACAAAUUGUACUUAAUGAGUCCUACAAUGAGGAAGAUUAGAUAGGUUAGUUUACUAGAAUGAACUUCAGAAUCCAAAUGCAGCUGUAUCUGAUGCAGUAGGAUCAGAGCAGUGGUCCUGGAAUGUUUUGGAGAGACUAAACUGGUUGAAAAAUACUGCAAGUUCGUGGGGUCCUCGUUUAUGCUUCCUUGAAGUGUAUGCAAUCUUAAACUUAAAAUUUUGUUUGAAGAAUACUGCAAGUUCAUGGAAUCUGUGUUUUAUGCUUGCCUGAAGAAAUUUCUGUUGAAGAUUACCGUAAGCUCCUGGAGUCCAUGUUUUGGGCUUGCUUGAAGGAUUCUCAGUAAAAUUGUGGAAACCCAAGUUGUUUGCUGGUUUUUAAGUUGUAGAAAUGGUUCCAGGUGAGAGAAGGAGGUGGAAGGAUCUCCAUGGGAAUACUUCUGAGAUUGGACGAGCUGACACAAUUUAUGAAGGUUAUGAGGGGGAUAAUGCCAUGAUGUUAAAGUCAACACCUUUAAGUGAAGAGGAUAGGAAUGUGGUCAUGGUUAUGAAUGCGGCUUAUAAGGGAGAAGAUAACAUGCAGAAAAAGAGCAGUGGCCAUAUUGGAUCAUCCAGUUCAUCUCCUGGGUCUGCACUUCAACACAAUAUCCGGGCAUGGUGCGAAGCAACAGGUCUGCCUACCAGUGUCAUUGUUCACGUCGAGGAUUCCAGCUUCAAGCUCCAUAAGUAUCCUCUUGUUUCAAAGAGUGGAUUUUUGAAACGAAAUCUAUCCAAUGCAUCAGAGAUCACUCUGGAUAUACAACUUGAAGUAUUUGAGCUUGUUGCAAACUUCUGUUACGGGUCAACGAUACUUAUGGACCCCUUCAAUGUUGCUGCCUUGAGAUGUGCAGCAGAGGUUUUGGAAAUGACUGAAGAGUAUGCCAGAGGAAACCUUUGUGAGAGAAGUGAUGUGUAUUUUACUCAGGUUGUCCUUCAAAGUUGGGAAGAUACCUUGAUUGUUCUCAAGAAAUGUGAAAAUUUGCUUCCAUUAGCUGAGGAAAUUCAUAUUGUGAGUAGAUGCAUAGACUCUUUAGCCUACAUCGCCUGCAUCGAAGUUCUUGAUCCUCAACAGAGAAAUGUAAAAUUAACACAAUCCCAAUUCCUAAGCAAUGUCAGUGCGAGUUCAAGACAAAUGACAAACAAUGAUUGGUGGGUAAAGGAUCUUCUAACCAUGUCAAUGGAACUAUUUGAGAGGAUCAUUGUUUCAAUGCAGGAGCAGGGAAUGGAAGAGAUGAUGAUCAGUCGAGUGAUUGUACAAUAUGGUACCAAAUGGAUACUUGGGGAUAAAAGACAACAGGGUUCAAAUGGUAUAGCUGAAAAACAAAAGAGAAAUGGCAACUUGAAUGGCUUAUUAGAUUGUGUCACCAGACUGCUUCCUAUGGAAGGGCAUUCUGAACCUCUUGAUUUCCUGUUUUCUUUGCUUCGUGUGUGUUUAAGCUGCAACCUUAACAUUGAAUAUAAAGAUCAUUUGGAAGCUAGAAUUGCUACUCAACUGGAAUAUGCAACAGUUGAUAUGUUUUUCUUGCCAACAAACUCGGUCACUUGUACUGGUUUUAACAAAGAGUUAGAAAGUAUGAAGCAAAUAGUCUCCAUUUUCAUGUAUCAGCAAUCCAUUACAAUGGACCAUUCACGAAUACAGAGGACUAGUAGCAAUUUAUCAGGUUUUGAGACAGUUGCUACUGUGGCAAGUCUCUGGGAUGAAUAUCUUGCACAGAUUGCUUAUGAGAAAAAUUUAAAUCCAAGUAAAUUCUCUGAACUUAUUGGGGUUUUGCCUCCUUCUGCAAGGUCUAGUCAUGAUUUACUCUACAAAGCAAUCCACACAUACCUUACGGCACAUUCUCAACUCUCACAUGAAGAACGCCUUUCUGUGUGCAAAUAUCUCAAGGUUCAGAAAUUGUCACAAGAAGCAUGUAUUCAUGCUGUUCAGAAUGAGCUAAUGCCCCUGCGACUAAUAGUCCAAGCCAUGUUCCUGCAGCAAGUGCAAACACGCAGCAUUUGGCCCAAUUCUGACAUUGUGCAACUUGAGAGGAAUGAUAACAUUGACCCAUUGGCCUUUCUUCAGAGAAGUUCAAUCCCAUCAGGGAAUCUUCUAUCAGAUGCUAUUACAUCUAGAACUGGCGAGGAUGAGGAAGGAUUGCCAUUAGGAGUUUGUCUGAAAAGAGAUGCAGCUUUUCGCCAAGCUGCAAAUCUGAAGUCAGACUAUGAAGCUACAAGCCUCAGGUUGAGGAAUCUGGAGGAAGAGCUCGGUACAAUGAAGAAAAACCUUGAAGACAACAAAAAGCAAUCGGACAAAGACAGAAGCAUUCAAUCCAGUAGAAAGUCAGAGAGCUUUAGAGUGAUUAGCAUGAGUAAACCAGUUGAUACUGGAUGCAAUGCAUUCACUACAAGAAGUAAACCAAAUUGGCUUUCGCAGAGGAAAUCCAAUGCAAACUUUGUUCAGAAGUUAUGGAAAAAUCUCAGGAGGUUUAGUUUUCGGAAGGGGAAGACUGAUCAGAAUAUAGAAAUACAAGAAAUAGAUUCAGAUUCAGAUUCACCACCCGAUUUAAGAGAAGCUAAAGAUACAAUCGCAGAGGUCAAUCAAAACAAAGGAAACCCUCCAGACAAAGCAGUCCUUCAACUCCAUCAUUUACAUCGUCGAAAUUUCUCUUAUUCUUAAAAUACUUAUAAAAUUCAAUCAAGCUGGGCUGGUGUCUGACUAUGCUCACAAGAUCUUUACAAAGGAAAAACAAGUUUGUAACUUGUCCAGUUCAAGGAAUGAAAUGAUUCAAAAUAUGGCAUUGUUUUUGUAUCUUGAGAGGAGUAAAUAUACUUGGUUUUUAUAUAGUGACAGUCCAAUUUGCAGAGAUUUGUAUAUAAUAACCAAAAUAAGGUUUUUAUUGAAGUAAAUGUUGGCAUUUAAAGCAAAAA